UCAGAUGCUUUGUUAGUCAUAGUUAGUGUAGCUAAUCUAGUUUAUGUGUCGCCCAGCAGUCUUGCCUUGCUGAUUUUCAGCCGACAAGUUCCCAAAAACCGUUUAAACACUAGCGGAAGCCCACACACGCAGCUAGGCUAGUUUGUUUUUAGCAGAAGUCCACAAUAUUGGGCAACAACGCGGAAGUUCACCUUUUCCUGUGAAAGCGCAGUGAACGGUCCUGUCAGUACGAAGAAGACCAAGACUCUAAUGACUGACUUGAAGUCCAAGUAUGCGGAUAAAUCUUGGAGCGAGACCCUUCAGCUGGUCCGGAGAUGCUUGGAAAAAACAAAAGGAGACAGCAGAGUUUGCGAGCCAAUCGCAAAAUGUCUUCAGAAGAUCAACGAGGCGCUCAACGUGUGCUCCUUGACAGCAAUGGUGUCCAGACUAGAGAUGAUUGCCAAACAAAGAGGAUUGGGGUCACACAUGAGCCCCACGGAGACGGUGUGUUACCUGACAGCAGACCUGUUUUACAUGGAGGUGGUGCUGCUGCGGGGGGGAGGAGUGGAAGAUGUGAGGGUGGCCCAUCACGGCGAAGCUCCCGUGUCCAGCCCAUCACUCCUUCAGUUGUUGAGGAUGAAGAAAUUUCAAGAGUUCUCUCUAAAGUUGGAUGAUCUCGCCUCUUUUUACAUCAUCUCGGGAGACAGUGAUGUCAAGAUUAAAAUCUACACCUGUCUCCGGCACCUGGAAACAGAUCUCUUCAAAAUAUCCCAUUUACCAAGGUGUUUGAGAGAAAGUGACCUACACGUUGACCUCAUCAUGAACGGCAGGAUUGGGAACGUCCAGCCAGGAAAAGAGGGAACCCCGAUGACAAUAGAGUACUACAUUAGUCCAUUAGAUGUUCUCAGCGGGUCGUCAAGUACAGGUGAGGGUAGUGUUGGCCAGACUGCUCUGGUAACUGUAGGGAGCAGUGGCGCCUCACACAGGCUGCAGACGGAGUCUCUGAUCUCUUCUCCACCUCAGGUCGACUCUUCUGGGCUUCCAGUGUUUCAGCCGCUCUCUGAAUCCUGCUCAGAAUUACUCCCCGCCACCUUUCUUCUCAAACUACAGCCACCGCUGCCCAUGCUCACUCCCUUCAUAGAGAAAAUGGGCAGAAUCACAGAUGGAGUUAUAGCUGAGAAACCCCAGCAGGUGGAGCCUCUACCUCAACUUCUCAUGAAGACCAGCAAAGCGCUGAGCUCCGAGAUCUCCUGGACAGAUGGGGUUCAGUUUGUUGUGCCAUUGCCUGCGUCUGAGUACCACAGUUAUGUGUUCCCUGGAGCCGUUUGGGGCCGAGAGUCCUGGAAAGGAGUUUUAGUUCACACGGUCCCCUUCACACACCCCGGCCACGUCCCUGCUUUACUGGAUCUCCUUCGCCAUCAGUCUGCCAUCAACGUCCUGCUGGCAAGCUGCUUCAGUGGCCACAACCAGCUCAUAGUAGAUGCUGGCUUACUGUGUGACCUGAGAUGUGAGAUCCGUCCAGAAUCAGACCACUGCCUUUCUGUUACAUUCAGCCUUGAUGAUAACAACCACCUGGCUGUUCUUCAGGUGACGGUGGUGGAUUCUCAUCAGAUGAGCUGCAGACUAAUGAUGCCUGAUUUUGUGGAUCAUAAAUUGGACGACUAUGUAUCUAGAGUCCUUAUGCGAUGCAUGUCCAUCCCCAUCACGAUGAGGGCCAUACGCAGGAAAGUGUCCGGCCGGACGACUCCUCCCGAGCCUGCAGCUGACCCAGAGUCCUCUGCUGCGAUGGAGAGCGACGUCAUCAGUGCCGUCCAUCCGUCCGUCUCCCGUGAGGCCGUCGAGGAUGAGAGCGUGACCUCUCCUCCAGGCUGCUCUGUUAUGUCUGUUGCUGCCCCAGAGCCUGAUAAUGCUAAUACAGAUGCUAUUGCUAACCGUUCCCCCUGUGCUUCUCUGGGUGUGUAUUCACGCUGGGUGACCAGUGGACUUCCAGCAGAGCUUCUGUAGUGCGAGGAGAGAUUUUACUACAGAGAAUUUAAAGAGAUUUCUUACACUAUUUUAGACAAAUCUUAAAAUCAUUAAAUAAAAAAUAAAUCUUAAAUAAAGGUGUGUUAUCGUAAAAGCUUAUUGAAAGCUGUUCGAUCUCAUUAAUGCAGGUCUGACUACAAGAAAUCAGAGCUGUUCCUGGUCAUAUUAUGCAUUCAUUCCAGAGAGAAAAAACACUUCAUGAUUUCAUUUCUGCCAGGGUCUGAAAUUAACACUCCACCAAAUGCAUAAAAAUCAUCUUUUGCGAGUAUAAAACUGUGCUACUUGCCAGUUGGUGCAAUUUAUUGAAUUGCAUUUUGGAAAAUGCAACAAGUGCCAACCAUCUUCCCAAAUAUGUAG